AAAAUACCACACAAUCCGAUAAAGGGAGAAAAAGAUCUCACUCCCAGACCUAAAAAUCCACCCUUUUUAGCUUCGGCUCGCUCCACUGUACGAGACUUCGCGGGAAACAGUGGCGGGAAGUUCGAAGAGCUUCCCCCGGACGGCCUCGUCUUCGUUGCGUCGAUGGACCGGAUCGAAUCCUCAGGAGUGCAGUUACUGGUGGAGAAUUCUGAUGUCCUGGAUGAAAGGUUUGGUACUUCAGCUGAUGGGUCUUUGCCAUCAAGUAGAAGUUUUAAAGGGAAUGAGAACGUUGGAAAUGACUCGGCUUUUUAUGAAAAGUUUCUCCUUGAUGAUCUGGAUUCUUACUGGGAUGAGAUAAAUGACCGUCUCAGCAUUUCAAGAAUGGUGAGUGAUUCAGUCAUCAAAGGAAUAGUAAAUGCCGUGGUUGAAGAAGCUGCAGAAAAAAUUGCCUCGAAGGAUGCAGAGAUAGCAACCUUGAAUGAGAUGUUGCAAUCUUGUAAAUCUGAUGCAGCUCCAAGUAAAAGGUUAGCAUCCGUUGUGAUGCUGCCAAAACCUUCUGCAAUAAAGGUUGAAAUUGAGAAAACAAAAUCAGAGCUGAAUCAGAGCUAUUCAGAUGUAAGUACGGAUUUGAAUUAUGCAAAACAUUUAGGCAGGAUAAAGAUUGUGGCAGAAGAACAGCUUCAUAAGCUUCAGGAGGUUCUUCAGGAUUUAAAGGCCUCGAACUGUCAUGGUAGAAUAGAUGUAGGCUACAUGGAUUCAGGAAUGUUUGGUAUACUUCCUAAGGUAAAAGCUGAUGAAAAAUUGCUCGAAAUAGAUGGACGAAUUGAUGGUCUAAAAGUAAUGCUAGCAUCUGGAUAUGAACAGAUUAAUGACAUAUUCUACUUAAUGAAGACUUCAAUGUGGGAACAGCAAUGGGAGCAUGAAUUUCAGAAAGAAAUAAGUAAUUUGAUGAUGCAGAAUUAUAUCAGGGGUCUACAAGAUGAGUUUGAAACAAAAUUGUAUGAGCAAAGAGGACUUAUUAAUACCUUAAUCAAGAGCUGGCAGGAGAAAGUUGCGGAACUUGCUACUGUGCGUGAAGAACUUGAUGAUAUUUCGAAGUCAUUAUGGAGCUCAGAAAACAGCCAUGAAAGUUUUGAAGAAUGUAGUGUUGCAAAAGGAAAGGAACACUUUCCUGGAAAAGUGUUAGGAAAUUAUCGUUUCCCAUCUCAUUCCGAGGAAAACGGAACUAUUAUGAUGGAGAAAUCUGAGGAUUCUGGCAAAGUCGUGCUAGAGGUUGUUGAAUUAUCCCAACUGAAGCACAUGACAAUGGAAGAACUAGUGUCUUACUUCAAAACUGAAAUAACCAAGAUGAGAAGACAACAUGAAUCAGCUUUGCAAGAGAAAACGGAAGAGUUGUUCAGAUUCAAAAGGGAAUUCCUCAAGGAAAAGGGUUCAUCACCUUUCAGAAAAGAUAAGGACUCUGAACUUUUAAAGAAAAAAAUUCCAGAAGUCAUUUUGAAACUCAAUGAGAUUCUUUUGGAGAAAGAAAAGCUGCCUCCAUUCCAUGAUGAUCAUGACGAAUUAUGCCGUUUGAAGGAAAGAAUUGAUUGCUUGUUUUCAGAAAACCAGAGUCUACGAGGUUUGCUUUUGGAUAAAAGAAAGGAGGUCAAGCAUCUAUCUUCACAGGUCUCUGAUGCAGCGAGCCAAAUGUCGCUUCACUCUUCUGUGGAGGCUAACUGCCUGAAACAAAUUAUGAAAUUCAAAGGGGAUCUGGAAGACAUAAAGAUGGAAAUUAGCAUUAGACAUGAACUGUAUAAUGUUAUUUUAAGGGAGUUGAUUUCUGAGCAUCAAUGCAGCAUGGAGGAUAUAAAGAUUGAGACUGUUUCUCUGCAAGAGAUUGAUUCUGUUUUAAUUAAAGGAGUUGCUUGGGAUGCUAUGUCUGCCAUAAAUCCUACUAUAUCAAAAUAUUAUAAGGAAAAAGCUUCUCUUGAAACAAAAUUUUUGGAAAAAGAUAAGGCAUUAAGAUUAGAAAUUGACGAGAACCGGAAGUUGAAGCAGAGGAUGGCAUCGCUAUCAUCAGUGAUGAAGGAAAAGGAAAAGUUAGCAAUAGAGAUUGGAUCCACACUGACGCAGCAAAAGGAGCAGUUUGACCUAGCUCACCAGGAACUUAGUUUGCUCAGAGACCAGGUGUGCAAGCAAGAGAUAUUGAUAUCAGAUUUCAAGAAGGAAUCAUAUUCAAUGCAGAGUAGGCUCAAUGAGGCUUUGCAGCAAAUUCAUCAGUACGAGUUGGACAUAAACAAACUGAAUGAAAAAUUAAAGAGUGCAACAGAUGCCUUCAAGGAAGAAGGAAAGCAGAAGGCCAUGCUUCAUCAUAUAAUUGAGGAGAAGCAAAAGUCAUUAUCAUUAUCUGACACGAAGGGCAGAGACCAAGCAAAGCAGUUGGAUCACAUUGUUGUCACUGCGAUGGAGUUAUCAAAAGCAGUUGUAGGCUUUGAAAGCAGAUCUGCAGAGAAAAUCAAAAGGACCAAGUCUAGGUUAAAUAUGCUGAGUCAUCAGUUCAAGCCACUAGUGAAAGAGGCUAUCCUUCUAAACAAAAAGGAAUUCUGGUACAAACAAAUGCUCGAAAUCAGAUGUUCUAACCUCCAAAAGGCUGAAGCUGAGGUUGAUCUUCUAGGAGAUGAGGUUGAUGCUCUUCUGGGUCUUCUGGGAAAGAUUUACGUAGCACUUGAUCAUUACUCUCCAGUGUUACAACAUUAUCCUGGAGUGAUGGAGAUUUUAAAAUUGGUUCAAAGAGAAUUAAAAGGAGAAGAUAUUUAGAAUAGUUGAUCUAUUGCUGUGCCAGGUUUGGCCAGGUCCUAUAUAUUAUUUCCCAGCAAGCAUAGGAUGCAGUGUACAUUUUCUUGUAGGCAUCUGUUGAUAGCCCUUUUUUUGUGUGUUAAAUAACUCAAGGAAGUGGUCAUUGCUGUUCCAUGGGAUCAGACCUGUCAACAACCAACCUAAUCUAUUCUCAGUGCACUGAUAACUGUAUGCUCAGGCAGAUGCUUAGGCCCCUUACAAGUGGGUUUGGCAUAGGCUUCACAAUCAUUUGUGGACCAACUGCACCUGAAGUCUGGAGAAAAAGAAAAGAGCUGUCGGUUGCUUUCCAUGUCACCAAAGAAUCAUGGAUAUUAUGCAAUGCAAGCUAAACUAUGUAUGAUGUAAAUGCCGGUAUGUGUUUUCCUUUUGCAGUAAAUUAUUCAUUUAUUUACACAAAUAGCUUUUGGAAAUUGCUUGUAAGCCAUUAGGCAGCUUUCUGAAUGUGGAAACAAUAUUCAGUAACGGUCACGGGCUAAGCCCUAUCGUGUAUGAUGUUCUCAUUUAGCUAUUGAUUGACGAUAUCUAGUUGAUGCUA